AUGGCUGAGGAGACUGCCAAGUGGACGUGUCUCCGCUGCACCUACGCCAACUGGCCACGCUCCAAACGAUGCACCCUGUGCGAAGCCCCACGCGACCUCCCUUCAAUCGAGGACGAAAUGCAUCGCGUAGAUCUUGGCAACUCGAAAAAGGCCACCGGCGGGUGGUCUUGCCCCACCUGCACCUUCGACAACUGGGCUGCUUCGGUGAAGUGCACACAAUGCGGCACGUCUUCGCCGCUUCCUUCUGUCUCCCGCUCUUCGAUCGAGCCCGAGUCCUCCUCCUCCCUCACCCAGCUGGGCUUCGUCAAGUGGACCUGUUCAUCGUGUACCUACGAAAAUUGGCCCAAGUCAAAAACCUGUGUCAUGUGUAACGCCCCCCCGCCUGAAGCCGCACAUUCUGUAUCCAACCCAAACGACGAUUGGCUGUCUGCGUGCAAAGCCGUUAUCACCGGGGACGACAAGGCCUUGCAAAGCUUUCUUUUGUCUUCAGCUUCUCAGGGAAUCAUCUUUAGCCGGAGGCUUACAUCACAGGACUGCCUAGUUUUGGAUCAGUUUCUCAACCAGAGUGUGAUAUCUGGUGCGACCCCCUCAAUUAAGCCUGGUCUUUCAGUAAUUGAUUUGGCGCAAAUAUGCCACCGUACAGAUUUGGUCAGCCUUUUCUCUGCUCUUUCUCCUGCCGCACCCCGUACCCCCUCCACUCCAGCCUCCCACAGUGGCCGAGGAACCAAGAGGUCAUUCUGCCAUUCGAGUUCCUAUGCGGCGAAGGAGUUGCGGCGGCUUCUGGAUGCCUGUGUGGGUCAGCGAAGGGGCGAGUUUCCGUGUUUGUACCUGACGGAGUUCGGAGUAUUUGCUCUUCCCGCCGAGAUGACCAGUCUAGCAUCCACUGUUCAGGAGGUCGUGUUUGCAGAACUCUGCGACACCGAUGUCCAAGAUGAACUCGAGGUGCGAAGUAAGGCAAUCAAUUGGUGGGUUCUGGACGGGCAGCACAACCAGCCAACGAGUCGCCUUUUUGCUCUUUGGAACAGGACUGAUGGUGACUGCCUUCUAGACAGUAUUAUGCAGGCAUGCUGGGGAGUGUUUGACACUCAGAACACACUGAGGCAAGCACUGGCCUCCAGUCUGAAGGCGUGCGAACGCCACUUCUUCCGUGCGUGGCGCGAGUACGAGACCCAACAGGCUGCCAAUCAAUACCGACCGGACGACCAACAGCUCCUUCGCGAUUGGCGCUCUGUUCUGGACGCGGCCAAUCUACCCCGGGUUUCGCUGGAACAGAUCCACAUAUUCGUCCUUGCGCACAUCCUCCGUCGCCCAAUCAUCGUGUACAGCGUCAAGUAUAUCCACAACUACCGCAACGAGCCAAUCGGAUUUUCCAACUUUCAAGGUGUUUACCUUCCGGUGCUGUGGGAGCGUUCCUUUUGCUCCCGGGACCCCAUAAUCCUGGGCUACACCCGGGGUCACUUUUCUGCCCUCGUUCCAAAGGAGCCACAAAUCAACGGCCAGUGCGACAAUCUCGACAACGAAGCUCGGUCCGCUCGUUCUGACGAUGGUUGCUGGGAUCCUGCUCCCACAUCCGACCCACUGGAUGAUCAGCCACGGCCCAAUAGUGAUCCCGGCAGCCUUCAUGACCAGCCAGAGGUGACUGGCUCAUCCCAACCCACAAAUGAACGCUCCCUAUACUUCCCUUUAUUUGAUCUUCAGGGUCAACCACUUCCGACCCCCUUUGCUUCCAAAAAAGGAACUUCAGGAGACACCCAACUCCUGCGUGACCGAUUAUCCACGGUGCCAACCCGUCGGGGACUACUCCUUGCACGCCUGCGUCUCCCAGCCGCACGUCAUCAUUUGGUGGAAACCAUAGUUCGAGACUGGCUCUCUGUCUAUCAAAACAUGUCAGUGGAGGCUGUCAAUGAGAUUCCCGGCUGUGGUAUCUCCGCGACAAGCCCAUUCGCCUAA